AUGGUGAUCUGCGAAGGCUUCUUCAUCAAGGGAGGCAUGGCAGAGCGAGAUCAACUCCUUACCAAGCAUCCACCACUGGAACAAUCUAAACUCGAAAAUUUAAUUGAAAAAGGCGAAAGUAUCAGAACCUGCUGUGGCUUCAACAUCGAUACGCUCCAAUUGACCAAAUCGCCACUAUGCUGUUGUCCUUAUUAUACAGACGGUCCACUUGAUGUAUGCAGCUGUACAAACACAGAUUGCCUGAAUUCCCGAAAAACGCGAUUAGCAAGAAUCAAAAUUCAAGUAGAAAAUUACUUCGAUGAUGCUAGUCUUUACAAGCAAACGGAACUUCUGAAAACCAUAGAUUCGAACUCUUAUUUUCCUUUAACCGUGGUUAUGAAGCUUCCAGGUCUAGCCGAAAUGCGAGUGACACGAAGGGAUUUAAUUCAGGCUUGUCGUAAUAGUGCCAUCGUCGAAAUUGACCCUACCUUUAGUAAGAUUCGAAGAACAAACUUGAUUCCCGCGAGCCAAUUUCGAACGCCUUUCGACUAG